AUGGUGAUCAACCCGGCAAGACGGGAUUUGCGUUUGGGCCUGAAAUUCCCUCCAACUGGGAGAAGUGGGAAGGAAAGAGAAGAGGAAAAAGACAAGGGUUCAAAGCCAACAAUGGGCAGUCCGGACCAUACGCAAGAUAUCAUUGGAGGAAAGGAGCAGUUUGCGAGUCAGUCACAUCAACUUGUUGCGCCACACCAAGCCCGUGUUUUCUGUCAAAUGGCAGUGCAGAGCUAG